AGGAGCCGGUGCUCGGGGCUGGUUCUUUCUCGCAUGUCUCCCCGGUGAACAUGGGGGUCCACACAUGGCUCCUUUAGUCUUUUCCAGCUCCAGACGGCUCCCUGUGAUUUUGAUGGCUCUUUGGUCCGGGGGGGAGUGAUUUUUGUGCCUUUUGUGCCGUUUUUGGGGGAAGUGUUCUCGGGACACGGUGAGUUGUAGCCGCCAUGAGCUCAGGGGAAGGAGCAGACGAGACACCGAAGGACGGGAGCGACUCAGCGGGCCUUGUGCAGACAGACGGACUCCUCCCUAAAGAGCCCAAAGGAGAUGUAUCGAGUCAGAUAGCAGGUUUCAAAAGGAAUGAACAGAUGAGAGCCAUGGAGGUUCUUCCCAUCCUGAAAGAAAAAGUGGCUUUUUUAUCAGGGGGCAGAGACAGACGUGGGGGUCCGGUGUUAACGUUUCCAUCUCGUAGCAAUCACGACAGAAUACGACAGGAGGAUUUGAGACGGCUGAUUGCAUACCUCGCCGGGAUCCCCAGCGAGGACGUGUGUAAACAUGGGUUCACGGUCAUCGUCGAUAUGCGCGGAUCCAAAUGGGACAGUAUCAAACCGCUUCUGAAGAUCUUACAGGAGUCGUUCCCGUCCUGCAUCCACGUCGCUCUCAUCAUCAAACCGGACAACUUCUGGCAAAAGCAGAAGACCAACUUUGGAAGCUCUAAGUUUGAAUUUGAGACCACAAUGGUGUCACUGGAGGGUCUGACCAAGGUCGUCGACCCCUCCCAGUUGACCUCAGACUUCGACGGCAGCCUGGACUACAACCAUGAAGAGUGGAUCGAGGUGCGCGUGGCUUUCGAGGAAUUUUCCGGUCACGCCACCCAGAUGCUGGCGCGGCUCGAGGAGAUGUACGAGACGGUGUCCAGGAAAGACUUUCCUCAAGACCUGGAUGGGGCUCGUAAAAUGAUAGAGGAGCACGCGGCGCUCAAGAAGAAGGUCAUAAAGGCGCCGAUAGAAGAGCUGGACACGGAGGGACAACGGUUACUCCAACGUAUCCAGAGCACCGAGUCCUUCCCCAACCGUAACGGGAGCGCGGGGGGCGGCGGCGGUAGCGGCGGAGGCGGCGGCAGCAGCGCGGGGUGUAACACAGACGUCCAAGGCCUCGUCCCGCGGAUCACGCAGCUCCUGGACAAGCUGCACUCCACCCGGCAGCAGCUCCACAACACCUGGCACAUCCGCAAACUCCAACUGGACCAGUGCUUCCAGCUCCGGCUCUUCGAACAGGACGCGGAGAAGAUGUUCGACUGGAUCCUGCACAACAAGGGCUUGUUUCUGGCCGGUUACACGGAGAUCGGCAACAACCACCCUCACGCCGUGGAGCUGCAGACCCAACACAACCACUUUGCCAUGAACUGCAUGAAUGUCUACGUCAACAUCAACCGCAUCAUGUCAGUGGGGAACCGGCUGCUGGAGUCGGGUCACUACGCGUCUCAGCAGAUAAAGCAGAUCUCCGGUCAGCUGGAGCAGGAGUGGAAGGCCUUCGCCGCAGCUCUGGACGAACGAAGCACUUUACUGGAUAUGUCAGCUACUUUUCACCAGAAGUGUGACAAGUACAUGGGGAACGUGGACUCAUGGUGCAAAGCGUGCGGCGAAGUGGACUUACCCUCAGAGCUACAGGACCUGGAGGACGCCAUCCACCAUCACCAGGGCCUGUACGAACACAUAACCACGGCGUACUCGGAGGUGAGCCAGGACGGGAAAGCCCUCCUGGACAAACUGCAGCGACCUUUGACCCCGGGCAGCGCGGACUCUCUGACGGCCUCAGCCAACUACUCCAAAGCAGUGCACCACGUCCUGGACAUAAUCCACGAGGUCCUGCACCAUCAGAGACAACUGGAGAAUAUCUGGCAACACCGGAAAGUACGGCUCCAUCAGCGUCUGCAGCUCUGCGUGUUCCAGCAGGACGUGCAACAGGUGCUGGACUGGAUAGAGAACCACGGAGAGGCCUUCCUCAGCAAACAUACAGGUGUUGGGAAGUCUUUGCAUCGAGCCAGAGCACUGCAGAAACGUCAUGAGGACUUUGAGGAAGUUGCACAGAACACGUACACCAAUGCUGACAAGCUGUUGGAGGCGGCCGAGCAGCUGGCCCAGACGGGUGAGUGCGACCCAGAAGAGAUCUACCAAGCCGCCCACCAACUCGAGGACCGCAUCCAAGACUUUGUUCGUCGUGUAGAGCAACGCAAAGUCCUGUUGGAUAUGUCUGUCGCCUUCCACACGCACGUCAAAGAGCUGUGGACGUGGCUGGAGGAGCUACAGAAGGAGCUUUUGGACGAUGUUUACGCCGAGUCAGUGGAAGCUGUACAAGACCUCAUCAAACGCUUCGGCCAACAGCAGCAGACCACGCUUCAGGUCACCGUCAACGUCAUCAAGGAAGGGGAGGAUCUCAUCCAGCAACUCAGGGACUCUGCCAUUUCCAGCAACAAGACUCCCCACAACAGCUCCAUCCACCACAUCGAGUCCGUGCUGCAGCAGCUGGAUGAGGCCCAAGCCCAGAUGGAGGAGCUGUUUCAGGAGCGAAAGAUCAAACUCGAGCUCUUCCUACAGCUGCGGAUCUUUGAGCGAGAUGCUAUAGACAUCAUUUCUGACCUGGACUCUUGGAAUGAGGAGCUGAGUGGGCAGUUGACCGAGUUCGACACAGAGGACCUGACCGUAGCGGAGCAGAGAUUACAGCAUCACGCCGAUAAAGCCCUCACCAUGAACAACCUGACCUUUGACGUUAUCCACCAGGGUCAGGAGCUGCUGCAGUACGUCAAUGAGGUCCAGGCGUCAGGUGUGGAGCUGUUGUGCGAUCGAGAUGUUGACAUGGCGACGCGGGUUCAGGAGCUGCUGGAGUUUCUUCACGAGAAGCAGCAGGAGUUGGACCUGGCGGCCGAGCAGCACCGCAGACACCUGGAGCAGUGUGUCCAGCUCAGGCACCUCCAGGCGGAAGUCAAGCAGGUUCUUGGCUGGAUUCGUAACGGUGAGUCGAUGCUCAACGCCGGUUUGAUCACGGCCAGUUCUUUACAAGAAGCCGAGCAACUGCAGCGAGAACAUGAGCAAUUCCAACACGCCAUAGAGAAAACCCACCAGAGUGCCCUGCAGGUUCAGCAAAAAGCAGAGGCGCUCCUCCAAGCCAACCACUACGACAUGGACCUGAUCAGAGACUGCGCCGAGAGCGUGGCGUCGCACUGGCAGCAGCUCAUGUUGAAGAUGGAGGACAGGCUGAAGCUGGUGAACGCCUCUGUGGCCUUCUAUAAAACAUCAGAGCAGGUGUGCAGCGUGCUGGAGAGUCUGGAGCAGGAGUACAAACGAGAAGAGGACUGGUGCGGGGGAGCGGACAAACUGGGGCCCAACUCUGAGACGGACCACGUCACCCCCAUGAUCAGCAAACACCUGGAGCAGAAGGAAGCGUUUCUGAAGGCGUGCACUUUAGCCAGAAGAAACGCAGACGUCUUCUUGAAGUACAUGCACAGGAACAGCGUGAACAUGCCCGGGAUGCUGAGCCAUGUCAAAGCUCCAGAACAACAGGUUAAAAACAUCCUGAACGAGCUGCUUCAGAGAGAAAACAGAGUCCUCCACUUCUGGACCAUGAGGAAGAGGCGUUUAGACCAGUGCCAGCAGUACGUGGUGUUCGAGCGCAGCGCCAAACAGGCUUUGGAAUGGAUUCACGACACCGGGGAGUUUUAUCUGUCAACACACACCUCCACGGGCUCCAGUAUCCACCACACACAGGAGCUGCUGAAGGAGCACGAGGAGUUCCACAUUACAGCCAAGCAAACUAAAGAGCGAGUAAAGCUGCUCAUUCAGUUGGCCGAGGGGUUCUGCGACAAAGGCCACAGUCACGCAGCCGAAAUCAAAAAAUGGGUGACGGCUGUGGAUAAGAGAUACAGAGACUUUUCGCUCCGGAUGGACAAGUACCGCUGCAGCCUGGAAAAGGCUCUGGGAAUCUCCCCCGACUCCAACAAAGCUAGCAAAGACCUCCAGUUGGACAACAUACCUGCCACGGGGUCAGAGGUCAAGCUGAGAGACGCCGCUCAUGAGCUGAACGAGGAGAAACGCAAGUCCGCACGCCGAAAAGAGUUCAUCAUGGCGGAGCUGAUCCAGACGGAGAAGGCGUAUGUGCGGGACCUGCGGGAGUGCAUGGACACGUACUUAUGGGAGAUGACGAGUGGCGUUGAAGAGAUUCCUCCAGGCAUCGUUAAUAAAGAGCACAUCAUCUUUGGAAACAUGCAGGACCUGUUUGAAUUUCACCAUAACAUCUUCCUCAAAGAGCUGGAGAAAUACGAGCAGCUGCCUGAAGACGUCGGCCAUUGUUUCGUCACAUGGGCUGACAAGUUCCAGAUGUACGUGAACUACUGCAAGAACAAACCAGACUCCACUCAGCUUAUCCUGGAGCAUGCUGGGAAUUACUUUGACGAAAUUCAACAGCGGCACAGACUCGCCAACUCCAUCUCCUCUUAUCUCAUCAAACCCGUGCAGAGGAUCACCAAGUACCAGCUUCUUCUCAAGGAGCUGCUGACCUGCUGUGAAGAGGGAAAAGGAGAGAUCAUCGACGGCCUUGAAGUGAUGCUCAGCGUUCCCAAAAGAGCCAACGACGCCAUGCACCUGUCCAUGCUCGAAGGUUUUGACGAGAACAUUGACUCCCAGGGUGAGCUGAUACUCCAGGAUUCCUUCCAAGUUUGGGAUCCCAAAACUCUGAUCCGAAAAGGCCGCGAGCGACACCUCUUCCUCUUUGAGAUGUCUCUGGUGUUUAGUAAAGAGGUGAAGGACUCAAACGGGCGGGGCAAAUACAUCUACAAGAGCAAACUCUACACGUCAGAGUUGGGGGUGACGGAACACGUUGAAGGAGAUCCGUGUAAAUUUGCUCUUUGGGUCGGACGAACGCCCACAAAUGACAACAAGAUAGUUCUGAAGCUAAGUCAGGGAUCCAAACAUGGCGCCACGGCGUCUAACAUAGAGAACAAGCAGGACUGGAUUAAACACAUCAGGGAGGUGAUCCAGGAACGCACCAUUCACCUGCGGGGGGCGCUAAAGGAGCCUAUUCACAUCCCCAAAGCCACAGCGGUCAAACAUCACAAGGGACGAAGGGACGGGGAGGAUCUGGACAGUCAGGGUGAAGGCAGCAGUCAGCCCGACACCAUCUCUCUGGCGUCUCGCACGUCUCAAAACACCAUGGACAGUGACAAGCUCUCUGGAGGCUGUGAGCUCACCGUGGUCAUCCAUGAGUUUAUGGCCAGUAACAGUAAUGAGCUGACGGUGCGGCGGGGGCAGACGGUGGAGGUGCUGGAGCGAUGCCACGAUAAACCAGACUGGUGCCUGGUGCGGACCACGGACCGCUCCCCGGCCCAGGAGGGGCUGGUGCCCUGCUCCAUGCUCUGCAUCGCCCACUCCAGGUCCUCCAUGGAGAUGGAGGGAAUCUACAACCACAAAGACACGUUGUCCGUGUGCAGUAACGACGCCAUCCUGCCCGGCUCCUCCGCCACGCUUCAGCCAAACCACGGCAUCGGCUCACACACGUCCCCCGGGCCGAAGCGUCCGGGAAACACACUGAGGAAGUGGCUCACGAGCCCCGUGCGGCGCCUCAGCAGCGGCAAAGCCGACGGCCACGUGAAGAAGAUCGCCACGAAACACAAGAAGAACCGAGACGUGAGGAAGAGCGGAGAGAUCACUAUCGGCUCACAGAAAGACUCAGACGAGAGUGCAGCCACUCCACAGGACGAGACCGUGGAGGAGAGGGUGCGUAACGAGGGUCUGUCCAGUGGCACUUUAUCCAAAUCCAGUUCUUCCGGGAUGCAGAGCUGUGGUGAAGAAGAAGGGGAGGAGGGGCCUGAUGCUGUCCCUCUACCGCCCCCUAUGGCCAUCCAGCAGCACAGCCUGCUGCAGCCAGACCCACAGGACGACAAGGCCGCCUCCCGUCUCUCAGUCCGACCGUCCAGCUCAGAGACGCCCAGUGCAGCCGAGCUCGUUAGCGCCAUCGAAGAACUGGUUAAAAGCAAAAUGGCUCUGGAGGACCGGCCGAGUUCACUGUCAGUGGAGCAGGGGGACAGCAGCUCGCCUUCGUGCAACCCGUCGGACCAGUCUCUCCUGUCGUCCUCGUCUCCGAUGGAAGAGCUGGACGACCGCAGAGCCAGCGUUCUUAAGAAAAGGCAAUACAUCCUUCUCGAGCUCGUUGAGACAGAACGAGAUUACGUCCGGGACCUGAGCCUGGUUGUUGAGGGCUACAUGAGCAGGAUGAAGGAGGAGGGAGUUCCAGACGACAUGAAGGGAAAAGACAAAAUCGUGUUUGGAAACAUUCAUCAGAUUUUCGACUGGCACAAAGACUACUUUCUCGGGGAGCUGGAGAAAUGUCUGGAGGACCCUGACAGACUGGGACCGCUCUUUCUCAAACAGGAGCGGAGACUAAACAUGUACGUGGUCUACUGCCAAAACAAGCCCAAGUCGGAGCACAUCGUCUCGGAGUAUCUCGACACAUAUUUUGAGGACUUAAAGCAGAGGCUUGGACACAGGCUGCAGAUCACGGACCUGCUCAUAAAACCAGUUCAGAGGAUCAUGAAGUACCAGCUGCUGCUAAAGGACCUUUUGAAAUGCUCUAAAAAGGUCGGGCUGGAGUCCAUGGAGUUGGAGAAAGCCGUGGAGGUCAUGUGCAUUGUGCCAAAACGAUGUAACGAUAUGAUGAACGUGGGUCGACUUCAGGGAUUCGAUGGGAAGAUCGUGGCUCAGGGGCGUCUUCUGCUGCAGGACACGUUCAUGGUGUCUGACCCCGAGAGCAGCGUCCAGGGGCGAAUGAAGGAGAGGAGAGUGUUUCUGUUUGAGCAGAUGGUCAUCUUCAGCGAGCCACUGGACAGAAAGAAGGGCUUUUCUUUACCAGGCUUCCUCUAUAAACACAGCAUCAAGAUCAGCUGUUUGGGCCUGGAGGAGAACGUCGAGGGUGAUCCCUGUAAAUUCGUUCUGACGUCUCGCUCUUCAAACGGCGUCACGGAGUCGUUCGUGCUCCACUCGGCCCACCCCGGGGUGCGAGAGGUUUGGACUUUACAGAUCGGUCAGAUACUGGAAAGCCAACGCAACUUCCUCAAUGCUCUCACUUCACCGAUCGAGUUCCAGAGGAACCACAUCGGCGUGGGUGUGGGCUCUUGUUCUUCUAACCCCGGAGCUGUGAGUGGAGGCAGCUCGUUGCCGGCUGCUGCAAACUCCCAGGUUAGCUCUGUCCCUUCAGGUCCUCUGGGAGGGUCCCGACGCCCAUCGAGGAUCCCCCAGCCCUCUCGUUUACCUCAGCCCACCCGCCAUCACACCGGCACCGACGUGGACAGCCCCCACAAAAUGUCAGGUGUGUCCCCCCGCCCCGUCCCCUCCUCCCUCAUCCCUUCAGGGAGUAGUCCACAAAGCAAACGAUCUAGUCAGAGCUCAGAGGACCAGGCCAACAGUCCAGCCGUGCCCCCCCUCCCCCGCGCCACCGUGGGGCCCUUGCCCUCUACACCCGUUGCCAAAGUUCGGCCCGGGGCCGUGUCCCCGAUGGCCUCGCCAAUGGCCACUCCUGCUUUUGGUAAAGACGCCCAGAUAGGGCCCCCUCCCAGCCCCGGUCACAAGUCUGGACCAGGCUUCUGGAGCUCCAUGCCAGCUUCCCCAGCCAGCCGGCCUGGCUCAUUCACCUUCCCUGGGGAAACCGGAGAGACUCCAGUGCGUCAGAAUUCAAAUCCGGUCCAGGCUGGUUCUGGAUCUGGGAGCCAAAAUCAGUCCCACAGACACUCCACCCACAGCAAGGAGGCUGAUCGCAUGAGUACAUGCUCCUCUGCCAGCGAGCAGUCCAUCCAGUCCACCCAGAGCAACGGGAGUGAAAGUAGCAGCAGCAGUAGCGUCUCCACAAUGUUGGUGACCCAGGACUACAUGGCGGUUAAGGAGGAUGAGAUCAGCGUUUCACAGGGAGAGGUGGUCCAGAUCUUAGCCAGCAACCAACAAAACAUGUUCCUGGUUUUCCGAGCAGCGACCGAACAGGGCCCCGCUGCGGAAGGCUGGAUUCCUGGAUUUGUACUCGGACACACCUCUGCCACUGCCCCCGAGUGUCCAGAGGGAUCGGUCAAUAGAAAAUCUUCCUCUUGGCACACAUCAUUACGCAUCCGCAAGAAGUCUGAAAAAAAAGAAAAAGAUCCCAAAAAGGAAACAAAGCUGGAAAACGGGUACAGGAAGUCCAACAAAGUCUCUGUAAAGCUUCUAAAUCCAAACUACAUCUACGACGUCCCUCCUGAGUUUCUUGUUCCGCUGAGCGAUGUCACUUGUGAUAACGGGGAGAGCGUCACCCUGAGGUGUAAAGUCUGCGGUCGACCUCGGGCUUCGCUCAUUUGGAAAGGUCCAGAUCAGAGCACCCUGACCAACAACGGACACUUCAGCAUCGCUUACAGCGAUGCAGGUGAAGCGACUCUGCGGAUCAUCGGCGUGGACUCGGACGACGACGGACUUUACACUUGUGUCGCCACGAAUGAUCUCGGCACCGUUACGUCCACAGCCAACCUCAGAGUCCUCGCCGUGUCCCGGGACGGCGUCAGGGUGAGCUGGAAGGACAACUUUGACUCUCAUUAUUCUGAAGUGUCUGAACUCGGCAGGGGGCGCUUCUCUGUCGUGAAGCGCUGCGAGCACAAAGGUACAAAGUGUCCCGCUGCAGUGAAACAAGUGAACAAGAAACUGAUGCGACGGGACAGAGUGACCCAGGAGCUCAGUCUGCUGCACCGACUCCAACAUCCCAACAUCGUCAGCCUCAUCGACACGUACGAAUCCCACAGCAGCUACGCCCUGGUGCUGGAGAUAGUGGACCAGGGCCGUUUGUUGGACUACAUCGUGCGCUGUGGGAAUCUGACUGAGGAGAGAGUCGCCGCCUUCCUGAGGGGUGUUUUAGAAGCUUUACAUUAUCUGCACAACUGUAGGAUUGUGCAUUUGGACAUAAAGCCUGAGAACAUCUUGGUGGCCCACAGUCCCAUGGGUCAGCCGGUCGUCAAACUCAUAGACUUUGGAGACGCCGUCCAGCUCAACAGCGCUCACUACAUACACCCCCUGCUGGGCAGUCCUGAAUUUGCGUCCCCAGAGUUGGUGUUGGGGGAGCCCGUGUGUCUGACCUCUGACCUCUGGAGUCUAGGCGUGGUGACCUACGUGCUGCUGAGCGGUGCGUCUCCGUUCCUGGACGAGAGCUCAGAGGAAACGUGUCUGAACAUCUGUCGGCUGGACUUCAGCUUCCCCAGAGACUACUUCCAGGGCGUAACGCAGGCGGCGCGGGACUUUGUGUGUCUGCUGCUGAGGACUGACCCAGGCAGGAGGCCUCCAGCGGGACUGUGCCUCCAGGACCCGUGGCUCCAGCCGGGCCAGGCCCAGGGAGAGUUCUGCCUGGACACGUCCCGACUCAUCACCUUCAUGGACAGAAGGAAACACCUGACCGACGCCCGCCCCAUAGGAGGAGUCCGCAGCUUUAUCCAAAGUCGCCUUCAGUCCAGAGUUUGACACUAGUGGUUCCCUGAUCCAUUUCUCUGGCCCCAGCGUUUCAGACACAGGUGUUACACAAACAUUAACACGUGUGUUAAGUGCACAGGCUGUGGACCUGAGCAUCUCCCACUUUCACAGAUUAACAAUAAUGAUGAAUGCUGAUCUGAUCUUUUUCACUGACACAUUUCAGGCCUGUAGUCCUCACCUACAUUUAAAGAGAACCACGUUCUCUCCUGCGACACAUGCUCUUAUCUACUGCUGCUCGCUAACUCUUAAUGCUAACUCUUAACUCUUAACACAUUUUGUACGUCAGGAAACAAAGGACUAAAAGACUCGAUGAAGUAAUUUAUUUUUUAAGAGAUAAAACUGAGCAGUUUGAAGAGGCAGAUGCCACUGGACAGACGCAGAGCUGUUAGAACAAAAUGAUGCCAUCAGAGCUCGCAACGCUGCCUCCCUGUGGAGAAAGAAUGAAACUGUGUUGAGCUCUUUUUACUUAAAUACAAACUUUCUUAUAGAAACUAUAAAUAGGAAACAGAGUCUUUCAGGACCAGAAGAAUAAACAUGUCAGGAGUCGCUGUGCUACUUUGACUCGUCACAUCCUGAGACUCUAGACGUUUGUAUGUGCACUCAGAGCUUUGAGCGGCUGCGCUAACAUUAAUAACAAAACUAUGGACAUUUGCCAUUUGCUUUUAAUAGAACUAACCUUGUGUUGAGCAGUCUGGAAAAGUUCAGGCCUUAUCUGUAAAUAGACAGAUGCCUUCUUCUUCCCUCAGAGCAGUUUGUGGUCGAUGGUCCAUCGGGGGGAGGGGGGGAGGCAGAAGAAGACGCUGUAAACGCACUCGUCUAUGUUCAGUUUAUCAUGUGCAAUGUUGCGGCUUUAACAUUUUAUGCAACUAUUUAUGAGACAUCUGUUGUAUCUGUAAUAAAUCUAUAGAGAAGCACGUACUUGGUACUGCGAGCACUGCUACAGUAGUUUGUGUUUAUUUGAUCUGGUUUUUCUGAGUUCAAGGCCGGGCUUUUAUUACAGGUCUCCCUCUGGAUCUUCAGUGUCAUCAGAUAAUGUUCCGUUUGCCUGCGUAGUAUUGGUACACCAAAGUUGUUGAAGCUUAAUAGUACUUGAUACAGAUUGUGUUGGCUUCACUUGGGUUUACGAAGACCUCGCUGUUUACUCGACUUAAAUAACACCUUUGGUCAUUAGCGUGUCGCUGUUCGUACUUAAAAUUGUAAAUAAAACCAAAAUUACUCAAAAACAUAAGUUAAUCUGAUCGGGAUGAUUCACAGAAGCGUUAUUUAUUACUGCCGAUGCCAUUCAAACAAGCAAACUUAAACUGAACGCAACGGUUUAGGUUUCAUUUUGUUUUGUCAGUGUUUAAGUUACAUGUUUUUUAAUCUCUGCAUGUAUAUUUUUGUACAGAUCAUAUUUUCCACUUGUAAAUAUUCUCAUUUUGUCAUUUAUUUGGAAAUUAAAACUAUUGAACACA